AUGGAUGAAUUUCAAGAAUCUCAAAAAGAAAAACUCCAAGAAGCAUUAGAUAUGGGUGAGCUAGAAAUGGGUAGAGGUUUGAAUCAAGAACUUAGUCUUAUUAAAGCUAGUGACACUCGUUGGGGAUCUCACUACAAGUUGUUUGGAAACUUUAUUAGUAACUUUUCCUCCAUUGUUGAUGUACUUGAUUCUCUUGUUGAAAAUGCAAGUACUUUGGAAGAAAAAGCUGGCGCAUCGGGAUUUCUUAGAAGUUGUCAAACUUUUGAGACUAUUUUCUUGUUGCAUUUGAUGACUGAUGUUUUAGGAAUCACAAAUGAUCUUAAUGUGUCAUUACAGAAAAAGGAACAGGAUAUUGCUAAUGCCAUGAUUCUUCCACAAGAACUUAAUGACUGUUUUAAUGAGGUGACAAGUGAUUUGGUUAAUGGUGUAGCUUGCUUGAAUCCAAUUGAUACAUUUUCUAGUUUUGACAUCCAAAAGAUAUUGGUGAUGGCUAAAUUAUAUCCUGAUGACUUUGAUGAGUUCAAAUGA